CAAGGUGACAAACAUGACAGACACUGUGUCCUAAAAUAGGGGAUUUAUUAAGAAGCAUUUGGCAAUUCAAGAGCCUGAUACAACGAUCUUGGACUUUGUGACCUUUACCCCAGUAACCCAAAAGAGGAGUUGUUCGACGAGACCUGGCAACCCUGCACAAAGACAAUAACAUGGCUUUUCUGCUGCGCCGCUGCUCUAAACUCUCACUGAGAAACGCGUUCAUGAAAACCCACUCGGACUCUGCAGCUCGUCUCCGGAUUCUGCCGAGCACCAGCUGCAUGUUUGACGAAGCUGUUGAGAUAAAACUGAGCGGUUUGACUCCUCAGCAACAUGUGCAGUUACAGUCCAACCUCCGGGACGACAAAGGCGUUGUUUUCAAAGCUACGGCCACAUAUCAGGCGGACGAGAAAGGAGAGGUUGACGUGAGCCGUCAUCCCUCACUGGGGGGAACCUACACAGGUGUUGAACCGAUGGGUUUGUUUUGGUCGAUGCGGCCAGACGUGCCACACAGUAAAGUGGUGAAGAGAGACGCGUCGAGCCCCGUUCACUAUCACAUCGAGGCUUCCAGUGGAGGAGAAGUCCUCGCUAAGGAGACCAACGAAAGGCACUUCACGUGCCCGGGAGUCCGAAGAGCUCCUGUGAGAGAAGGCAGGAUACGAGGAACCCUUUUCACACCACCUGGAGAAGGCACGUUCCCUGGAAUUAUAGAUUUAUAUACUUUGGGUGGUGGUAUAUGUGAGCCGCGAGCAGCUCUCCUGGCAAGUGAAGGGUUUGUGGUGCUGGCCUUGGCUUACUAUGGUUACCAGGACUUGCCCAAAAAAGUUAAGAAGUUUGAUCUGAAGUACUUUGAAGAAGCAAUAGCGUUCCUGCAAAGGCUACCUGAGGUACAAAGAAAUGGAAUAGGCGUACUGUCACUCUCAAAGGGUGCAGAACUAGCUCUAUCAAUGGCAUCAUUCCUGGCUAAUAUUAGUGCCAUCGUCUGUAUCAACGGCUGCAACGCCAACGUCUUGAUCCCGCUCCACUACAAAGACAUGGUCAUCCCACCUCUUACAUUUAGUGCUAAAAACCUAGAUACAACUAAACCAGGUAUCCUGGAUGUCAGAGAUGUUCUAGAUGAUCCCAUGGCAAAGGAGAACCUUGCCACUGUCAUACCGAUUGAGCGUGCCAGCUGCAGAUUACUGUUCGUAGUGUCAGAAGAUGACAGAAACUGGAACAGUGCCUAUUACGCAGAGCAAGCUUGCAAUAGACUCAAGGAACAUGGAAGAACAAACUAUGAAGUGGUGAGCUAUCCAAAAGCAGGGCACUUUUUGGAAGUUCCUUACAUGCCCCAUCAUCCGUCUGGGAUCCACCCUGCUGUGGGUAAAGAGGUUGCUUUUGGUGGAGAGCCGAAAGUCCAUGCAGAUGCACAAGUUGAUGCAUGGAGAAGAGUGCAGGAAUUUUUCAGAAAACACUUACAGGGUCUCAGUGGUCCUCUUAAAUCAUCACUUUAGCCAGGGCAGGAGCUGAAGAAGGAGGAAGCUUGCAGAAGAAAAAUCUGAUUUCCUUAAAAGUGAACGAGUUAAAAUUUAAGACCUGUAGUGUUUCUAGUGGUUAAAUAGGUGAGCUUUAGCAACACUGUCCUACCUCCUAAUUUUUACCAGUGAGAUAAGCUGUUUAUUAAGGAUGCUGCCUUACUUUAUAUUUUGAUAUAAAGUAAGGAUGCUAGCAUCGCCUUAGAGAAGAUCAAAAUACUUAAUACAACCUACUUCUCAAUAGAGCACACUAAGUAUGUUUCAUUUCAUAUCUGAAACAAUUUCACAAGAUAGUUAAGAUAAUCAUUAAGAGAGGGCUACAAUUCUGGCCCCGCUGCAAAAUAUUAAGUUAUUCUAUUUGAUAAAUUGUAAUGACAAACGAUUAUAUUUCACUUACUCAGGGAGACUUUUUGUCUAAUCAUGUUAUCCACAUGCUCUCCAAAUACUUACUUGUGCAGCACUGGCUUUUGGCCAGAGCAAGCUCCCAUGUCUCAUUUAUCCUGGGAAAUAGUGUACAAACCUGUAUGCACUUGGCACUCAGUUAAUACCAACUUGCUGGGUGAGAAUAGUCAAGAGUGUCUCUGCUGCCCUGCUUUUAAGCUAUUAGGGUAGAAUGAAUAAGUUUGAAUAAGAAGUUAUUCGUUGGCUGUUGUUGACAGGAUGUUAUGCAAAUGAUGAUUGCUAUCAGUAACAACGUAGUGCUAGCUCACUAAGCUAAGAAAAAAAUUAUGAAUUAAAAAAUUAUUUGGAAUGUAUUUUAAUCAAAGAAUCUAUUUGAUCUGAUAAAAAAAAACAGUUGCUCACCACAUGGGGUCUUUUUUUCAGGUUGAAGGAAAAAAAUUGCAGUGUAGUUGAAAACAAUGUUGUAAUAGUGCAUAUGAUUUGUAGAGAAAUUCGGUAUUUCAGAUGUAGGACCUUUAUAACAGCUGUGCCACAGCUUGCUGGACAUUUGAAAGAGCAUCCUGAGUGACAGAGUUAUCAUGCCUUAUCAUUCCAGUCCACAAAUAUUUUUCUGUACUUCUCCCGCAUCUUUUUCCAUUUUUAUUUCAGUUGGUUUUGCAUUUUCUCAAUUGUAAAAUUGGUUGAUGUAGUGUAGAGGGUAACAUCUCUGCCUUCUAUGCUGUAGAUUGGGGUUCAGUCCCCACCUUGGCAAACACCCUACACUAUACCAAUGAGUCCUUUGGCAAGACUCCUAACACUACCUCUGCCUACCUAUGUAAAAAUAAUCAAAUUGUAAGUCGCUCUGGAUAAGGGCGUAAGCCAAAUGGUGUAAAUGUAAAUGUAAAACACUUUGAAGGACUGCCAUUUGAAAGGUGCUGUAUAAAUAAAGUUGCCUUGCUCUACUGAAAAGUUUAAAAUGAGGUUUGACCAUAACCGCUGCUGUGAAUAAACUGUACAUAACACCUGCA